GCGCAGCGGCAGGGAGGGGCUCUUUACCCGGUCCGGCAUCUGAAGCUCGGCGCUCGGGUUACCCCUGCAGCGACGCCCCCUGGUCCUACCGACACCGCUGCAGCUCCCGCCCCUCCGCUCCUCGGCCGCGCAAUGGGCACCCGCGACGACGAGUACGACUACCUCUUCAAAGUUGUCCUUAUCGGAGAUUCUGGUGUUGGAAAGAGUAACCUCCUGUCUCGAUUCACUCGAAAUGAGUUUAAUCUGGAAAGCAAGAGCACCAUUGGAGUCGAGUUUGCAACAAGAAGCAUCCAAGUUGAUGGGAAAACAAUAAAGGCACAGAUAUGGGACACGGCAGGGCAAGAGCGAUACCGAGCUAUAACAUCAGCAUACUAUCGUGGAGCCGUAGGUGCCUUAUUGGUUUAUGACAUUGCUAAACAUCUCACAUAUGAAAAUGUAGAGCGAUGGCUGAAAGAACUGAGAGAUCACGCUGAUAGUAACAUUGUUAUCAUGCUUGUGGGCAAUAAGAGUGAUUUACGCCAUCUCAGGGCAGUUCCUACAGAUGAAGCAAGAGCUUUCGCAGAAAAGAAUGGUUUGUCAUUCAUUGAGACGUCUGCUCUAGACUCUACAAAUGUAGAAGCUGCUUUUCAAACAAUCCUGACAGAGAUAUACCGCAUUGUUUCUCAGAAGCAAAUGUCAGACAGACGUGAAAAUGACAUGUCUCCAAGCAACAAUGUGGUUCCUAUUCACGUUCCACCAACCACUGAAAACAAGCCAAAGGUGCAGUGCUGUCAGAACAUAUAAGGCGUUGCUCUUCUCCCCUAGAAGGCUGUGUAUAGUCCAUUUCCCAGGUCUGAGAUUUAAAUAUAUUUGUAAUUCUCGUGGUCACCUUUUGUGUUUUAUUACUUUCUCAUACUUAUGAAUUUUUCCAUGUCUUCAGUCUUUGAUUUUAGCUUUAUAAAAUCAUCCACUUGUCCCAAAUGACUGCAGCUCUUUUUCAUGGUAUGGCCUCACUAGCCUUAGUUUAAUAAACUGAAUGUUUGGAUUCCUCAAUUAUUGUUUACUUUUCAUCAUGGUAGCCUGUCACUGUAGGACAUAGUAGAACUUGAUCACUCCAAGCUCAGACCUGUUGGUCUUGAUCAAAUCAAACUGAGAGGACCUUUAAAAAUCAGCUGAUGUUUUGCCACAGAGCAGUUUAUAGUCAAUGCACUCUUCUCUCAGUGCAGCGUACAUUUCCACAAAUCUAAGAGGUGCCCUAUAAACAUAGCAGGAUUUUGAGAGCUUGAAAUUUUUCCAUUAUUCUGGAAGUCAACUUCUAAAAUGCCUUAAAAGGUUUGUGUAGUUUAGUAAAUUUUGUUUUUCAAUUUUUGUAAGCAUCAGUGUUGGUUAGAGAGGGGGCACUUUUUUCUGACCAAGAAUAAUCUUAAUAAACACAAAAGACUUACGGUUUUGGUAGCAGUAUGGUUUUGGGGCCAUAUUAUUUUAUAAUGCUAUCUGGCAGGUUGGGAACUAGAGAGACUGAUGGAGUUCCAUCUGAGGUGCCACUGUUGGAAUGAUCAGGCGGCCCAUGUUAUUAACUGAUCUAAUUUCCCAGCAGCAGAUCAUGCAGCAUUUUAUUGCUUAGGCAAUAACUGGUUUAAUGCUGGUAGUAUCAAAAUUUGAAGUGUUAAUUUUUUCUUAAAACCUUCCAGUAAGUGAAAUGCAACCUAGUUUUAUCACCAUAACUAUCACAGGCAUGGAUAAUUAUUUUGACAGUGCUAAUAUUUGAGUUUUGCAGUAUGUUAUAGAAUAUAGUCCAGUUAAGUCUUUGGUUUCAGUUUGUCUAAGGAAUACAAUGAGAGGUUAAUUUCUGCUCAAGUGCUAUCACUUAAAGGCAUGUAUUCUUUAGUACGUAAGAUGAAAUAGUACCUUGAGUUUAAAUAGAAUGCAUUUAGGCGUUGUACAGACUUAAAAUAGCCUUCUUCCACUACAUUAUUGAAAUCAAUGGAGCAACUAGUUUCUCAUUCAGAAAUGUGCACACUAAUAUUUAGUUUUACUUUUUUGUGGAUAAUAUUAAGCACUUAACUCUGCAGUGUUCUGCAAAUUGUGUCAACUGCAGUGAUACUAUUCAGGAUGAUGGGAUAUCCAAAAAAUAUAUAUAUAUGUGGGCUUGCACAGAUUCCUGUUUCGUAGUUAAUCCUCUGUCUUUUGCGGUGCUCAUGACGUGUGGGGCGCACGGAAGGCAUUGCUGUAGUCAGUCAUUUUGGUUUUCUUCUGUAGCCAUUUUAUUAUUUUAGUGUAUUGGUUAUAAAGAUACUAUUAUCUGUUUGUAAAUUGCUACUUUGUAUUUUAUGCAUGCUCUGUAACUUGAUUUUUUUUUUUUUUUUAGUUAUUGAUUUGGAAUAUAUUCACAUAAUAAACAGUUUUAGGGGGACUAUUCCUUAUGUUGUCAGAUUAUGUUUUUCUUUUGAGUGCUUUGGAUGCAGCCAUGGAAUAUUUGAUGAGUAAGAGCAUAGGUCCUUAUUCAUCAACAGAGUAAGCAUUGCAUUUGGGACAUCAGUGUGUAAAUUCGGCUCUAAUUUUAGACAUGCAGUUCAAUGAUCUUUUUCUUGGAAAAAGUAUUACCAAAAACAUUAGGGAACUAGUCUCUGCUUUCAUACCUAACAGUGUCUUCUAACCCAGGAAAAGGCUUCAUCUGUUAUUUAUUUUACUCAAAAUAGGUAGUGAAUUUUUUGCAGAAUUAUUUUAAGAACUAAGGGAGAAACUAGGUAUUGAAUCAAAUAUGAAUAAAGUAACUUUGGGUUUUUACCAGGUGUAGACUUAAUGCUGCCUUGGACAUGGACGGAUCUUGAGAGAAAUCCAGGAAACAUUAGGUAUUAGGAGAGAGUUACUUUAAUUGCAUUUCAACAAGUAUCUUCAUUCUCAGGAGAAUUUGUCUCAGGAGACAAAUUGUCUCAAGUAAGAAACAUUAAGUUUUUAAAUAUUGUGACAAUUCAGGGCUCAAAGCAGUUCAGAAGUGUUUUGCUGCUUGACCCUGCUUUUCAGUUAUUUUAGCUUUGAAUGGUUCUUUUUAUCUGUUGUGGUCUCCCAAAAAGUCCCUUAGCCAUCGUGCCUUGAUGUAAACUUGUAUGUCAUUGUUCUCUAGUGCUAUCUGUGAUUUCCCUCUAGUAGUUUUCACUGUAUGAGAGUAAGUUGUCUUCAGCCAUUGCAUUGAGUAUGCUCAAUUGUAACUCUUAAACUCUGAGAUGCCAGCGAGUUAUGCCAGAGGCCUUUUAAGUCCUGAGGGGUUCUGCAGCAAAUUUAGACUUCUUAAGAGUUUGGAUUGCCCAUCAGAGCUAGUCACAUUUAUUUUGUCAUUGGGAAAAUGAACAUCUUAAUUUUUGUCUUCAGUGAUUUAUAUUUACAGAAUACAAAAUGCAGCUACAAAUAGUGGUUUGCAUUAUUGUGAUAAUCUCUUUCAUCUCCCUUAAAGAGACAGAAACUUUGGCUUACACCAGAAGUAGUUAUCACCGUUGAGUAGGUAACUAAAAACUCAGUCCAGUCUUUAGGUUUCAGUUCAUGGAACUUUUUUUACAGGGGAGAAAAAUGGAGAUUGGUAGUUUGACUUCUCACAAACAUCAUAAGCCUGGAAAAAAAAAUCUCAAAGCAUUGGGAAAAUAUGAACUUUGUAUAAGGACUGUGCAUGACAUCCAUUCCCUGUGUUUGAAAAAAAAAAA